AUGACAAGCCUGCGUUGGGCGCUGGGUUUCCGCGCGAAAUCCACACGACCUUCCAACGUUCCAAAUCCAACUCCUGGCACUUCCGAAUCGGAGUCAAGGAUUAACCUCACGAUCCCCGGCCCUUCAUGGUUAUGGCUCGAGCCCGUGAGCAGACCGUUUCGUGCCUACAGCAAGGCCCAGGCUCGGCGACCUUAUAUGGUCCAGCUGAUGAGCACUGUCAUCAUAUGGUUUUUGGGUGACUUGUCCGCGCAGACCAUCUCACGCUCCGAAGAUGGUGCAUAUUCUACCUCUCGUGCGAUGCGCUCAGUUACUGUGGGCAGCAUCUCUUCUAUCCCUAGCUAUCGAUGGUUUCUUUACCUCGGUCAAUCUUUCAAUUACAGCUCCAAAAUUUUGAGCUUGAUUGCGAAGAUAGUGGUUAACCAGUUAACAUUUGCUCCUCUGUUUAACAUAUAUUUCUUCUCGAUGCAUUCUUUCUUGAGUGGCGCCUCUUUUGAAGAACUUGUCGAACGAGUCAGGCAUACUCUCCCAAUUUCUUGGCUGAACUCUUGCAAAUUGUGGCCUGCGGUCACAGCCUUUAGUUUCACCUUUAUUCCUCAACAGUAUAGGAGCAUCUUUGCAGGAUGUGUCGCAAUUGGGUGGCAAACAUGGUUAACUCUGCUCAACCAACAGGCAGCCGCCGAAGAGAAGAUAGAGCAUGAACGCCAGCAGGUAGAUUCCACAAGGGCAAGCUUGUAG